AUGUCUUUAACAAAAGCCGUCAAAGAUCUUAAAGGCCGUCUUGAUGGAAAACUAAUUUUAAGUCUUUGCUUUGUCAUUUGUAGUGGUAUCGGUUUUGAAGCCUCGGUUCUUUUUGCACGAGAAGGAGCUGAUGUUGUAGUAGCUGAUAUCGAUCUUAAAGCCGCUGAAGCUACAAUUGAAAGGAUUAAGGAUAAAACCGGGAUAAUACAUGUUCGAAGACAUGCUAUUGCUUUGAAAUGUGACGUUUCCAAAGAAGCAGAAGUUAGGAAAUUAGUGGAAGAUACUUUGAAAGAAUUCGGUAAGCUUGACGUUAUGUUUAAUAACGCGGGUAUCAUGCACCCUCAAGAUGAUAAUGUUAUCAAUACCGAUGAAAAAGUCUGGGAUCUUACUAUGGAUAUCAAUCUUAAAGGAGUCUGGUUUGGAUGCAAAUACGCUAUUGAAGCAAUCCGAAGGGGAGGCAAAGGUGGUAGUAUAAUUAACACGGCAAGUUUUGUCGGGUUGAUGGGUGCCGCAACUCCUCAGUUAGCAUAUACCGCUUCCAAAGGCGCAGUUAUAGCAUUAAGUCGAGAAUUGGCAGUUUGCCACGCUCGUGAAAACAUUCGCGUUAAUGCAAUAUGUCCGGGACCUUUACGUACCCCAUUAUUAAUGAAUUAUCUAAAUACAGAUGAAAAAAAAAAUAGACGUUUAGUUCAUGUUCCAUUGGGAAGAUUUGGUGAGCCAAUUGAAAUAGCCAAUGCCGCUUUAUUCUUGGCAUCCGAUGAAUCAUCCUAUAUUACAGGCAUUGAAUUUAAAGUUGAUGGUGGUCUCACUGCUGCUUAUGUGACUUCCGAAGAACCUUGUUCUAGUGUACCACCAAAAAAUUUUUUCAAACCUUCAGAAGGAGCUAAUUAA